UAGAUAAAUCAAAUUGAGCAAAAUAUAAAUAUAAAUAUCCUUAAUGUAUUUAAUCAUUCCUUAUUUUAUCUUUUCUAAAAGCUAUCAAAACUAUUGAAUUAAUUAAUAAAUUUCUAAGUUUUGUUAAAUAAUUAAAACAAAUUCAAAGUAAAGCAUAAAAUGGGGAAAUAUUAAUAGAAAAAUAACAAGGAUUCCAAGAAUACUAAAAAAAAAUUUAAUUUUAAUAGCAAAAAAAAGGCUGCUGCAAAGAAUGAACCCUAAAAAAAGGCUUAAAUUCCAUUAACAUAGAGAGAGAAAAAGAGAAUAAAUGGUAAAAAAAAAAUUGCAGUAGUUUUUGAUGAAGAAGAAAGAAGAUCAUAUAUGGCUGGAUUCUAUGGUGCAAAGAAGAAAAGAAAAGAAGAAUAUCUUGAAAAGAAAAAGGAAAAAUAAAAAAGAAUCUUCAAAGAACACAAAUAAGAAGUUAAAAAAGUAAAAGCUGAAUAAAUUGAAAGAUAUAGAAAGAUUAUUGAAGAAAAUGAUAAAAAUUUAGAAAAAAUAUAGUUUGGAUUAAUUUAACAAAAAGAAAAGAAGGAAAUUUUAACUACAGACAAUGAUAAUUAAGUAGAAGUUGUUACUGAAUACCUUUGA